GCGGGAAAAUGUAGACCUGGAUGAAAUUAAUAAAGCAAUUAGUGGUAUGGAAAUUAUAAUUUCUUUGAUUGAGUACUCGGACGAAAUCCAUGUGCCGGACAACGAGUGGUCUGACCCGCGUAUCGCACGGCUCCGGGAUCUCUGCAAUCUGUCUAUCGUUUACAUCAAUGAUGUCUACUCUUUCGAGAAGGAGCUCAACGAACAGAACGGAGUGUUGGAGCGAAUGCUCGUCAAUACAGUCGCCUAUCACUCGCUCCGGGAGGGCAUCACUAUAGCCGCAGCC